UCUCUCACACACACACACAUACACACACACAUACACACGCGGACUGCUUGCAUGCAAAUACACGUCCUCUCUCUUUCAGAUUCACACACAUGCGGACACUGACACACUCCCUUUCUCACUUAUCCGCACACACACACACACACACACGCACAGUCAAACACACACAGUCAAACACACACACACACACACAGAGACUCGAGCUUGUCUCUCUCGCUGUGAUCGAUGCUGUUAGUUCCUUGUCUGGAUGCAGGAGGCUUGACAUCGGAUUAGCGCUGUGUUCAGUGCACACACACACACACACACUCACACCGGACACGGACAUGAGCGCAGGGGACGUGGUGUGUACCGGAUGGCUGGUUAAAUCUCCACCGGAGAAAAAGCUUAAGAGAUAUGCAUGGAGGAAGCGAUGGUUUGUCCUACGACGUGGACGGAUGAGUGGAGAUCCUGAUGUUCUUGAGUACUUUCGCAGUAAAACUUCUCGGAAACCUAUUCGUUCCAUCGAUCUGCAGGAAUGUGAAGUGGCAGCGGAGGCGGAGUCAGGGAGGGAGUUAGAGUGGGGGGCGUGGCCUGUCAAAAGGCACCUGGCCAAUCAGCACUUGUUCGUGGUUAAGACGUCAUCGCGUGUGUUUUACCUGCUGGCCAAGACAGCCGAGGAGAUGAACUGCUGGGUGAGGAACAUCGGCGAGAUCUGCACCUUUAGCAACUUCAACCACAGCACAGAAUCAAUGGACAGUCUCGCACACACUCCUUCAUCCCAUCAACCCUCCCCCGUGCUCUCGAUUCACGCCCCCUUCUCAGCCAAUCAGGACACCCCGGUUAUUGAAACAGACUCUGCGGCUAGAGAUGAGGCCAGCGAAUCAGAUGCCAGCAUUCCGCUCGAUUAUCUUUUCCUGUCUCAGUGUGAAACUGGCAGAAAGAGCAUCAGCAGGUGUGACAGCAUGUCAAACUCGGAGCGUUCGUUUGAGCAAAGUUCGUUUGAGAACGUGCCCGAUGACGUCUUCAGUCCCAUGUUGUGUUUAGACUCCGCCCCUUCACCCUUCAGGCCGUUAGCGCUUUGCCCCGUCCGCGGCCAUGGUGACGUGUUCCGAUUCGACAACCAUUUUUGUGCCACGCCCCCUCCUCUCCCGCCAAAACCAACACACAUGGCCGAUCAUCACGACGAUGCUGUGUGUAACCAGGGGCAACUAGAGCUCCUCCCACGCAGGACGUCGCUGUCAGGUGGGGAGCAUUUUAGAAGAGGAGAGUUCGAGUUCAGUGCGAGAGGAAACUGGAACAAAAGACUGAGUCUGAAUCUGCCAAUGUUUCGGGUUAACACUUCCUCUGAGAGCCAAUCAGACGAUUUCUCCUACGUGCCCAUGGUGUCUCCACCAGUCAGCUCCUCCGACACUGAAGCUGAUGGCUACAUACCCAUGAGUCCAACCUCACUUCCUGUUUCACUCUUAACCAAUGGAAAACCUGAAUCACCUCUUCUUCCCGCCCCUGAAAUGGAGCCUCCGCCAAUCAACCGCAGCCUGAAGCCGAGGAGGCGGAUGAAGCCGCCACCCCUCGAUUUGUCCACCAUAAGCGAAUGCCCCACCCACCUGCCUCUGAUUCGCACCAUGACUGAACCAGGUUCCUCACCUCGUUGUGUUCCAUGGGACAGGGGGCGGGGCUUAAACUGCACCGAUCAAGAAGGAAAUGACACGCCUACUUCAUUGUUUUCUGUGUGUGACUCCGCCCCCUGGUACCGAAGCUCUUACCUGGAUUACCUGUCGCUGGAUUUUAACUCCGCCUCCCCCUCACCUGUUCAAAAGAAGCCUCUGCUGGACGAGCAGCGAGUGGACUAUGUUCAGGUGGACGAGAAGAAGACUCAGGCUCUGCAGAACACCAGGACGGAGUGGAAGGACAGCCGGCAGCCCAAAGUGUGACGGAAAAGAGCAAUAAAAACUUUACAAUCGGCGUGUGAGCCAGAAAAGAAAAAACGAGUGUGUGAAGAAAAAAACGUACAGUCGGUCUGCUCAUAGACUUCACUCCAACGCUGCGAGAAAAAACACUGAAUAGAAAAUAAAUAAAUACAGUAAUAAUAAUAAUAAUCACACCUUUCAUGUUCAGGUACAAAAUUGUCUCACUGUGACGGGUUCAAAAUUCAGUCUUGAAAAGUCUCGAGUCACGAGACGACGUUUCUCUCCAGCGGAGAAAUAAAGGACGAACACAAAGCUCACUCAGACUAUAGCACAGAAAUACAAUUAAAAAAACACACUGCUGAA